GGAGAACAAUGGUAGGCAUAAAAUCAGUCAUUAUUAUUAUUAGUCAGUGUUAUUGCUUUUAAUGCUAGCGUCAGGUGGUGACAAAGACUCACUCUUUACUCCGGGAUAGUUUCAGAAGCAACAGGUACAAAUAUGAAAACAUAGUAUGGAUUCUUCCACAACCAUAAGUGCCUUCAGUACCCUAUGUCCAGGCACACUAACCGACGCCCUUUUGAUCGUGAUAUUUGGAUUCAUCAUCGCAUUUAUCUUGUCAUUCUUCAUCGGUGCUAAUGACGUUGCUAACUCUUUUGGAACAUCAUACGGUGCAAAAGCUUUAACUCUAUAUCAGAUUUGCAUUCUUGGUUCCAUUUUUGAAACCCUUGGCGCCAUCUUACUCGGAGCUAGAGUGUCGGAGACAAUACGCAGCGGGAUUGUUGAUGUCAAUUUAUAUGAUGGCGAAGAAAUUAUCCUGAUGCUUGGACAAUUAUCUGCACUUAUCAGUAGCGCCAUUUGGCUAUUGAUUGCGACGGCAUUACGAUUACCGGUUUCUGGUACUCACAGCAUCGUUGGUGCCAUAAUUGGUUACCAUGUAGUGGUAUUUGGUGGUGAGGGCAUCAAAUGGUGGGAACUUGGUAAAAUUAUUAUUUCCUGGUUUUCCUCUCCUGUACUUUCUGGAAUAGCAUCCAUAUUUUUCUUCUUCAUUCUUCAGAAGUUUGUUCUUUGCAAGGAUGACCCUUUGGAGCCAGGUUUAAAGUCUUUACCUAUUUGGUAUUCACUUGUCAUCGUCGUCAACUUUUUCUCCAUAUUUUACAAUACCUCCGGUUUACUAGGAGGGAUGCCUUUGUACGGGGUUUUUCUAAUCAGCUUUGGAGGUGGUUUACUGGCUGGUGCUAUUGUAGCCUGUUUUUUGGUUCCUUACAUGAGGAAGAAAAUUCAUGAGAUGCUCCCAAUAUUGAUAACAGCUCAGCAAACUGAAUCGAUCGAUGUUACUGAUGCAUAUAGGAAAUAUGAUUGUGAUAGUCAAGAUAAGGAGAUGAAUGGCGAAAAGGAACAGAAUCUGAAGGCCACGUCAAGCGAGCAGUUGGAAGACCAUCCAGUCAUAGUACAGCUGUGCUCACCUUUACUCAUAUUGUCAGCUAUCUUCUCAGCAUUUGCUCAUGGUGGGAAUGAUGUAAGGUGAGAUGCUGCUUAUAUUGAAUGUUGAUUAUCAAUUUAAUACAGUAAAUAUACUAUAUAAUAUUAUACAAAUAUUGACUGCUCAUGAGGGGAACGUUGAAAUCUAUUGCCCCAAGGUGAUGUGGAGACUGUAGCCUACUAUUACUGUAUUAUUCAUGGUAUAUUUUAGUCAACAUAUAACUAGGUAAAAGAUAAAUGACAUUAAGAGAAUUGUAGCCUUGGCUAAAUUGCUUAUUAAUUACAAUAUAUAACAAUUUACAUUUAGAAAAUGACAUUUAAAAUUCACUAAUAAACAUAAAAAACAUUGUAGUUUUCAUUAAAUUAUUGCUCAUGUUAUGAUUAAUAUUACUGUCAAGUAUAAUAGUUUCAAUUGUAACUAUGGUAUUGUAAUUAUUAUUUACAAUGUAAAUUUGAUACUGCAAUAUACACUCAAAAUAAAUUAUAAUGAAAAAAGUAUUGUACAAAUUGUAGAAACAUUAAAUCGCCUGAAUAUCUUCCCGGAUGCUGAAGGCCCGAGGGAAGAUAGCUAGUAGGCUACAGUCUCCAAAUCACGAGGGGCUAUAGAUUCCACUGUCAGGGGCGGAUCUAGGAUGAAAUUUAGGGUGGGGGGGCCUCACGAGGUGCCAAGCACCGAGGGUGGGUGGGUUUGCCCCCAAUAUUAGGAAUUUAAAAAAAAAAAUUAACACUAAGACAGUCGUACACGGCAUUCUAAUCUAAAGAAUUAGAUUGUGUUGCUAUUCUUAUGGAGUCGUGAAAAAUAUAUUCAUAAACACGUUUUCUGCCGAAUGACUCUAAUGACUGUUGUAGGUGCGGUAUAUUAUAUAUUAUUAUGUUGGAUAUUAUGUUGGCAUUAAUUGAUUAUAUACUCAUAAAUAAAAUUCUCAAAUACCGAUGUACGGUAACUAUACAAAAAGAUUGUACUUUUAUUCUAUCAUUUAGUGACCAUAUGUUCAAUGACAAAGAAUUGGGUAAAAUUGUUAUUUCAUCACUAUGAUGCAGUAUGAUAUUGGUAUAUAACUAUAUCAUAUGAACAAAUAACAUUGCUAAAAUUAUUAAUGGACAUAAAAAACCAAAAUCAAUUCUUUCAGUAUUAAUUUUCAACAACUAAUUUAUAGUAAAUAAGUUGAUUGAUAUGAUGCAUUAUGAUUGGUAUCUGUUGUGAUUAAACACUGCCUUUACUUAUAGUUGAACUUGCUUAAGUCGAAUCCAAAAUGGCAUUGAAAAAUUGUUUACCUUAGAUAAAAUUUGACUUAAGAUCGUUCAUUAAUGGACAACACAAUUUGGCAUGUAAAAUAAGAUCGACUAAAUAAGAUUCGAGUUAGGCAGAGUUGACUUAGGUAAGUUUUACUAGUAUGGGCAAAUAUCAGUAUAAAAAAAGUAAUCCAUCAAAUAAUUAUUAUGAUCAUGAUUAAUAUGUAUAUUUAACUCGUACAUCCAUAAGAUUAAUGAAAAUAUUAAACAAAAUAUUUACUUCCAUCGUUAUUAACACUGCAACACUCCCAAUGUUAUUUGCCUAUCCCUCACAGUCCAAUAAUUUUUCAAUUAGUGGACACUUGGCUUGAUUUUUUUUAUGUUCAUGUGCAAACAAAAUUCCUAAUUUUUUCGUCACCGUGAAGACAUCGCGAUGAAAAUUGGAUUGUAAUUGAAAAUUACUUUUGUAAAACAAGUUUAAUUAGAACCCGAAGAAAGUUACCUCUAAUUCAAUUAUUAAGUAUGAACAAUUUAAGGAAUUCAUUGAA